UCUGUGGAGGGCGGGAGCUCGGUCUUCUGUGCCGACGCGACGCCGCUGGCAGUGGGGCUGCCUCGGGAAGGCGGACCUGCGAACGCCCGGUGCCCGCACUCGGCCGCCUGCCGCGCCCGUCUGCGCCCGUGUCAUCCUCACUCGGGACGCAGUGACCGUUGUUAAAUCACAAGGGCGUGGGUCAACCUCCCUUAGGACUUCAUGUCUGUAUAUUUCCCCCUUCACUGCCCUGACUACCUGAGAUCGGCCGAGAUGACUGAGGUGAUGAUGAACACCCCAUCCAUGGAGGAGAUUGGCCUCAAUCCCCGAAAGGAUGGCCUUUCCUAUCAGAUCUUCCCCGACCCAUCCGACUUUGACCGCUGCUGCAAACUGAAGGACCGCCUGCCCUCCAUAGUGGUGGAACCCACAGAGGGGGAGGUGGAGAGUGGGGAGCUCCGGUGGCCCCCCGAGGAAUUCUUGGUCCAGGAGGAUGAGCAAGACAACUGCGAAGAGACGGUGAAAGAAGACAAGGAGCAGUAGAGUCCUGUGGACUCCCACGGGGUCGUGCCCGCCAGCCUCUGCACCUGAACUGUGUUUUUCCCAUCGCCAUGGAAGAAGAGAGGGAGCCACAAUAGUUCUGCAAAUGUCAAGCAAGGCUUCUGUUUUGCACCUG